UGGUUGCUUGACCGACUCAAGGCAGUACAAUACAUUUAUUGUAUCCUAAACAUUCGGCCACCAGAUGUGCAUCUGUUACAUACAAUAUUAAAUCUAACCACGUUUUGGCAGUAAGCCACGAUGGUGCCAUGGAUUAGCUUCUCUUUUCCGGGAAAAAUGCCGCACCUGAGCUUACAUCCUGCUUCUGGCAAAUUCGCAAUAUGGAGUACCUCUGCAGCCCGAUAUGGCUCAAAAACAGCCCGAAACCAGACCAUUAAUCAGCUGACAGUGAGAAGGAAUACAAUAUUAAAGAGCACCCGAAUCCGGUGUAAAAGCCGAAUUUUGAAUACCAUCCCUUGCUAUUCCGCCGCUCGGUUGUAAACAGUUGUCAUCAGUCAGGAUAUUUCAUAGCGGUAUUUAUACAAGACCCGGUAAAAAUAUAUAGAUCCUUAGGAUUAAGUAAUCCGAACUGCUAUCGAGGUAACCUACUUGAAUAAAUGAUAUUUCGAAAAUAAACUUGUGUUUCGCUUCGAGAAAGGCAUGCCUACAGUGAAGGGUUGGUAUUUAUGCGCCGUGCGGCACCGCUGGUAGCGUGUUCCGUGUAAUAUACGAGUGGUAAUGCGACUUUCCUCUCGUUGGUGAAUACUAAGGGCACGUAAUUUGUCACGCGCCUAAUAUUGGGCUUUUGCGUCAUCAUCAUGGUUCUCUGUUAGAGGUCUACUCGCUUCCACUUAAUGAAACUUCAGUGUUCAACUAAUUUAAUUGUAAAUAAAGGGUGGUUUGUAACGAUGGGGUUUAUAUCGAAAUCGUGAAUAAUAAGCUUUCGGGAUGGAAAUGUAAGUCUUGAAUAGAGAGGAUGACAGGCAUCUCUUUACGCACAGAGAGUUACGUUGACAUAAUAGAUGGCAAAUGUUAAGGCAAUCCGAUGUAAGUGAUUAAUUUGAUGUAACACACUUUCAUACCGGUCGGCGGGUGUUGGCCGGCGCGGGCGCAGUGUCCGCACGACCGUCGACUCCUGCGCAGCACGCGCUCGACCCCCGCCGCUCACCGCUGAGCUAUCACCGCGAUUUACGCCGCAACGAUCAUAUUCUGAAAUAACAUUUAUCAUAAGUACAGAGACAGUGAAUAUUUAAGUGAAAGCAUAAUAAAAGAAAUAAAUAAAAAAGGAUUCUUGUACUCAAGAAAUAAGGUAUUCCAGAAUGGGGAAUGUGUAAUUUGAAUUUUAUUUUUUAAUGACAGUGUUGCCAGUGCGAAAAAAAAUGUGCGCUAAAGUUUUUGAAGUGAGGACAAUGUUUGUAGCUACACUAUUAGUGUUUGUGAAUGUUGUGGGUGGCAGUGUGAACUCUGCGAAUGUGACCGUGUCGGGGACUGGCUCCCGCAUGGCCUGGAUGAAGUCUUUGCUGGACCACCAUAACUGGAUGGACUUUAUUAGCAAUGGCAGCCUAGCUUUGCCUCCGAAGUGCGAAAACGACCUGAGAGCCUACUUAAAUGGCUUGAAUGAAGGACAGUUGUGGGCUUCGAAAAUUUUUGAUGCAUCCGGCCAGUACACACCCAACGUGUUAUUCGGCAACGAGUAUUGGCUGGGGUCCCUGAACGCGUGCAAAGAUCUGCAGCUCAAGGAGUACUACACCAACACACCGCCCUUCGAAACGACCUUCUAUGUAGCCAAGAUCAACCUCACCGUCGACAAUGAACAUCUGCCACAAAGUAGAUUGAUGCUGGUCGGUGAAUGCGUGCCGGCCACUUGCGAUGCCAACGCAAUCACUACACUGCUUGGAGCUGCCGAGAAAUACGCUGCAGCUCAAGCAUCGAACGUUGGACUGUUUGCCUCUUUCUCCACCGUCAACGUGCGACCUGUGCCUGGCAGUUACGACCUCUUUGCGGACCCUAAGCUGCAGAUACUUGGGUCCGUGGUUAUUGUGGUGGCAAUCCUGAUGUUCUUCGCGUCUUUGUACGAGGGCUACCUGGAGCGCAAGUACCGGCUGGCGCAGGAGGCAGACCUCGAAGCACACGACGACAACAACCAUAAGUUACCUGCUAACAAUGUGGCACAGGCUGAUGGGAAGCCGGCGAACACAGACAAUGGGGAAAGAGACCUUCGGCGGGAAACUUGCGGUGUAUGGUCGGAGGUACUGUUAUCGUUCUCCAUCCUGUCGAACGGUCGUAAGAUCCUGAGCACGGACCCUCCCAACGACGGAGCCCUGACUUGUCUCCACGGAAUGAGGUUUAUGUCAGUAAUCUGGGUGAUAAUGGUGCACACAUACCUGACCAUCUUCUACGUGGCGGACAAUAAGACGAUGCGCGUCAUCACCGAGCGGAACUUCUGGUACCAGUCCGUCGGCAACGCGUCCUACUGCGUCGAUACCUUCUUUGUUAUCAGUGGUAUACUCGUCACAAUUCUGUUUUUGAGGACCGAAGACAAAAAAGCCAAGAAACUGGAACAGCAAGACAAACAGGAUAUCAACAAGAACCUUAACGGCUUCAGUAACUCAGCGCUUUCUAUCUCCGUGAUAAGCCAGCAAUCGUUCAAGGAAGAUUUACUAGAUAAGCCUAAAACUAGCUUUUACUCUGCUAAGGAGCUGCUAGCGAUGGUCAAGUCUUUCUUUUUAUUAGUUUCUUACCGUUUAGUGAGAUUAACGCCGGCGUACGGGUUCGUCAUAGGGUUGAAUGAAAUAGCGUUACGGUAUACUCACGAUCGCUCGGUGUUCGAGCCGGCGAUCUUCGACCACAUCACCUGCGAUAAGUACUGGUGGCGCAACCUCCUCUACAUCAACAACUUGUUCCCUCAGCGUGAGAUGUGCAUGGUCUGGUCCUGGUACAUGGCCAACGACACGCAGUUCUACGUCGUAGGGAUCAUACUCCUACUUAUAUCUGUCAAGCACCCGAAAUGUGCGAUGAUAUCGCUCGGGUUGCUAAUGGUGAGCUCGUGGACGACCACCAUCUACAUAUCAGUGUGGCAUCAAUACAAGGCGAGGAUACAGGAGCCCUUCGAAAUGUUUGAUCCGCUGUACGAUAAGCCGUGGUCGAGGAUCGGACCCUAUUUAGUCGGUAUGAUAGUAGGUUGGUACUUGCACAAGACAAAGUGCCAAUUAAGGAUGCCUUACUGGGUGGUCGGUCUCGGUUGGCCCGUCGCGCUUGGUAUCAUCGGCAGCCUGAUCUUCAGUAUGGUCGACGGCUACUUCGAGGUGUGGCCAACUGCCUUCUACAUUAGCAUUGGACAUACAGCAUGGGGGGUGGCAGUAGCCUGGGUGGCGAUCUCCUGCUGCAGCGGUCACGGCGGGCUCGUGAACUCGGCGCUGUCGUACCGCGGGCUGCUGCCGCUGUCGCGCCUCACCUACUGCGCCUACCUCGUGCACCCCACCAUCAUGAUGUACACCUCCUUCCUGCUCGACGGACCCUACCACAUGCAGAACUCCACUGUCCUCGCGAUAUACGCCGGGUAUGCAGUGAUGGCAUUUUUGGCAUCGCUCGCCAUUUCGCUAGCGUUUGAAGCGCCAGCUGUGAGGCUGCUCAAAAUCAUCAGCUGAUCUACAAGAAGAAAGAAGAGCCUCAUAAUCAUGACACGAUAUUAAAAUAAUAAAAAAUUGUUGAUCGUUUUAUAAACUAUCAUCUUUCGCGCACUCAUUGAUAUUCAACCAUCAUUGUAAAUAAAACUAUAGUUUUAUAUCUACAAAAAUGAUUCUUUAAGUUAACAGUUAUUGAACAACUUUACUCAAUGCAGUGCGCUCGAUCGAGCUUUAUGUAGGAUAUCGUUCUGAAAUCCAAAACGUCAUGAACUAGAUAGUUACCAAUAAAGACUUUUAGAGUUACCAGUACGAGUUCAUAUCACUUUAUCUGGCGGUUUUAUUGCAGUCGAGCGAAUGGUUUAAGCUAUGGCUCGCAGUCUGCGUCGCCCGCCGCCUGUAACACCGAAUCAAACGAGUAAUAUCUUUCUGCUUUAUCGGGAACGGCACAUUGUCGCAUGUGCGACUCAUCACGGGCUCGUUGACCUACUUGCUAACUUACACUUACUUCUCAAAGUACCUACUUACUUUUUGACAGCUGAUUUGUGCUGCCAAAGUGGUUUCCACCUGCAAUGCAGUAUGAAAAGAUAGCUCAUUCACGUUUCAUGUUUCUUGAUACACAUUUUCGGCAUUUUGUUAAAUAAACUACAGAUCGUUUCCCCAAAAAGGUAUUUAGACGGAUAAUAAAAUGGUACAGCGACAUUAUUAAGCCCUGAGCUCACUCAGACACGAAUCAAUAGCGAUUACUCCGAAUGUAGAAUACUUCAUGUCGCUUCAGAAUAUGAUAAUUUAUUAUGAUUACACCCAUAAGCUGCGCCUACAUGCAAUGAAUCAAUCAUUCUGACUCACGGCGUUAUCUCACAUACAUAAAUCCUAUAAUAUCAAGUUCUUGCUAGGCUUCAACCGCGGUUACGAUUCAGAUAUUGUUUUUGUUACGCUAGCAGAAUACACGUGUUCAUUAGUAGAGGAUCGCACGAGCUACGAGCAUUGCUACUGACCCCUGCUUUAUUUAAGUGUUUGUCUACCUGAGCCAUUUAUCUGAGCUACAGUUGCUAGCCUUAAUAUAAAAUGCUCAAUUCCGUUAGUAACGUGACUUUUUCAUAAU